AUUUAGCUCAGUGGGGCUGCUGCCUGCCAUGCAAGCUCAAGGACCUGAGUUUGAUCCCUGGUACUAAAAUACAUUACCACCAAUAAAAACAGUGGUUAUCUCCGAGGAACCACUAUUUCGUAUCCAUGUAAUCUGCGCUUUCCUUUGUGUGCGCAAUCUGUGUAGUUAAUUUACUCUUUUUGCAUUAUUUUAAUUAUCAUUCUAGCUCUUAUUCCAGCCCGUGAGGACCCUAGCAGAUUUAUCUUUGUCUUCCCCAUCCUGCUAGUUUUUAAAUGAAAUAAUUUACAGAAACGUGGAUGUGCGAGGGUCGGCAUAAAGGCCUGGGGCAAGCAAAUAAGGGACAGCGGGGUACCUCCCGGCUCAUCACAAGAGAUGAGGGCCGCACUGCUAGAUAGGAAAGGAAACGGGCGGAAACAACAGGGCCGGCGAAAGGAAAUAUCUUGACGUCCAGCCCCGUGCAGGAAGUGCUCUCCUGAACCUAGCCCGGCUACCGGAAGUGUUUUCUAGCCUUCUCCCCUCACCGGAAACACCUCUCUCUUUGAGCCCUGCGGCAGGAAGUGCUUUCUGGAUUGAGUCGUGGCCUCUGGCAUCUCAGCACAGGUAACUGAGCCGCGCGAAAAGUCCAGUAGUGUCAGCAGAGUACCAGGUAUGCGCGGCUGGGAGUCCAAGAAAGCCUCUUUCGACGAGGUGACCAGACUCUGUCCUGAAACCACCUAAGCAGAACUUAUUUGAAGAUUUCAAAGAUUUUAAGAGUUGUAUUUGAGGAAACAGGGACAAGUACCAACACGUAUUUUACAAUAUAGCAGGAGCUUCUAAGCUCAACAUGUAUGAAGGUUUGCCAGGCUCCACUCCUGAAAAUGAAGACAGUAUCCUGAAAGUGAAGGUAGAAGAUACCACCUGCGAGCAAGCAUAUGGCUCACAGGCACAGAGUGCCCACACUCAGGAACUCUGUCGACUGCAAUUCCGGCAGUUCUCCUACCAACAGGCUCCUGGGCCCCGGGAGGCUUUGACUCAACUCCGAGAACUCUGCCGUCAGUGGUUGCAGCCAGAAAUGCACAGCAAGGAGCGGAUCCUGGAGCUGCUGGUGCUGGAGCAGUUCCUGGCCAUCCUGCCCAGGGAGCUGCAGGCCUGGGUGCAGAUGUAUCCUCCGCAGAGUGGGGAGGAGGCCGUGACAGUGCUAGAGAAUCUAGCAGCAGUACAUGGAGACACAGGACAGCAGGCCUCCUUCUACAUUCAGGAACAAGAUAUGCACCUAGUGGUGACAGACUAUCAAGGAGCCUCUUUGGAGAGUCAGAGCCUCCAGCUUCUGCCUGGGGUAACCACCUUGCCGAGUGAAUCUCCACAGCUCUCCCAAGAAGUGAGUGGGUUUGCUCCCCAAGGAUCAACUUUUUUACAGGGAGAAAGCUCCAGAGAGAAGGCAGAAGUGCCUGAGUGUAGCCCACCCUGGAUCCAGAUGUCGCUGAAGUCUGAGAAGGAGCCAGGCCAGGCCUCUGCACUGGGAGAGUGGCCACAACCAAGUCUGGCUCCAAGGAACCUCUGUGGGAACUCAGCUGAGGAGACAGCUGCAGGCCUGAUGAAGCAAGACACCUGUGAAGAAAUAGGACCAGGUGUCAAGACCUCAGAAGUACCCAGCAGAGAUUGUGUGCCUCACAUACCUUGUAGUUCUGCUGUUCCUGAAAAGACAGCCUUGAAUUUGAAUACUGUGGAUCGUCACCCACCCCGUGACUCCUGGGCCCGGAUGCACAUUACAUCCUUGGAAUAUGCAGCAGGAGACAUAACUCGAAAAGGGAGAAAAAAAGACAAAGCUCGAGUUAGUGAACUGCUUCAAGGCCUGGCGUUUUCUGAUGACUCAGAUGUGGAAGAAGACAAUGAGCCUGACACACAGCCUGUUGAGAAGAAGCUGAAGGUAGUAGGCAUACCAAAGAAGAGAUGGACUAAAAGAGACCUUAAUCCCCACUUUCCAUGCUGGUCAGCAUUGGAUUCUGGACUUCUGAACCUGAAGAGUGAAAAAUUGAACCCAGUAGAGCUCUUUGAAUUAUUUUUUGAUGAUGAAACAUUUAACUUGAUUGUUAGUGAAACAAAUAAUUAUGCUUCUCAAAAAAAUGUCAACUUGGAAGUUACAGUUCAGGAAAUGAGAUGUGUAUUUGGUAUCCUGCUUUGGAGUGGAUUUGUAGGAUGUUCCAGAAUGGGAAUGUAUUGGGAGAUUUCUGAUGCUGAUCAGAACCUGGUUAGAGAUGCAAUUAGAAAAGAUAGAUUUGACUUGAUUUUUUCAUACCUCCAUUUUGCAGAUAAUAAUCACCUAGAUCAAAAAGAUAAGUUUUCAAAAUUGAGACCGCUAAUAAGGCAAAUGAAUAAAAAUUUCCUCUUAUAUGCUCCCUUAGAAGAAUAUUAUUGCUUUGGUAAAUCUAUGUGUGAAUGCUUUGAUACUGACCAGUUUCUGAAUGGAAAGCCUCUUAGAAUUGGUUAUAAAAUCUGGUGUGGUACAACCAUACAAGGUUAUCUGGUUUGGUUUGAGCCCUAUCAAGAAGAAUCAACUUUGGAGGCAGACAAGGAUCUUGACCUUGGGUUAGGUGGCAAUCUAGUGAUGAACUUUGCUGAUGUUCUUUUAGAGAAAGGCCAAUAUCCCUACCACCUGUGUUUUGAUAGCUUUUUUACAAGUGUGAAAUUGAUGUCAGCUUUGAAAAAGAAAGGGGUGAGGGCAACUGGGUCAAUUCGUGAAAACAGGACUGAAAAAUGUCCAAUUAUGAAUGUAGAACAUAUGAAAAAAAUGAAGAGAGGGUAUGUUGAUUUCCGAGUGGAAGAAAAUGAUGAGAUAAUUCUGUGUCGUUGGCAUGGCGAUGGCAUUAUCAGUUUGUGCUCCAAUGCUGUAGGCAUAGAACCAGUCAGUGGGAUAAGUGGUUUUGCUGAUGAUGAGAUCCUUCAGCUAAGUCAACCGGCCAUUGUGAAAUUAUAUGAGGAAUGCAGGAAAGGUGUAUCUAAAAUGGAUCAAAUUAUUUCCAAAUAUAGAGUGAAGUUAAGAAGCAAGAAAUGGUACUCCAUUUUGGUGAGCUACAUGAUUGACAUAGCCAUGAACAAUGCAUGGCAUUUGCACAGAGCCUCUAACCCAGGGACCUCUUUAGACUUCCUGGAAUUCCGAAAAUGUGUUGCACAUUUCUACUUGGAACACAAUACUGAUCUGUCAGAUUAAGGCAGAUGAACAAAAUUCAGACACUAAGAAGCCAGAAAAAUUAGAGAGUAACCGGGCUGGGGAUUUAGCUCAGCGGUUUGGUGGCCUGCCUUGCAAGCGCAAGGACCUGAGUUCAAUCCCUGAUACCAAAAAAAAAAAAAAGAAAGAGAGAGAGAGUAACCCUACCAAAACAAAUCUGAUGUGUAUAAUGUAAUUAUUAAAUGCUAUUUUUUUAAAUCAUAUAGUUUUAAGUAAUACUGAAAAUUAUCUUAAAAUGUUGAAUUCCAAUGGUACCUUUUUCUGUGUCUGGUUUUGUCUCAGAUGUGGGAAAUCAUUUGUUGAAUUAUUUUGUACAUUAAAAGAAUGAAAUCUUGCCCACCCCUUUAUUUUUCUUGAGGGCUGGAUGGGACUGUUUAAGGCAUUUCACUUCAAGUGUUUUCUGCUUUAAGAUCACCUCCAUUUUCUUGCUUAGUCUAUUUCAACCUUGGAUUCUUUGUCUGAAAUACAAAAAGAAUUGGUCAACUUUUCUCUAUACUGGAGGAGGACAGAAUAAAUUAAGUAUUAAAUUGAAUAUUUAUCUAUUAUGGGCUGAGGGGAGGGGAUAUCAGCAGCAGUACAGUAAGUCCAGAAAGAAAGGAUGUUUUAGAAUUGUUGGUCAGAAGGACAGAAUUAUCCCAAAGGCUACAAAGUUCCAGCACUGCCCUUAGAGUUAGUAGCCAUGGAAAACGACAUUUUAAAAAGAACCUAAAGAAGCCUAUGAGCACUUGUCUCAGAAUUUUAGAAAGUGCUGGGAUAUAGCUCAGUGAAAGAAUGUUUACUCAGCACAUGGAAAGAUGUGGGCUCAAUUCCCAGAACAGGAAAACCAAAAAAACUGAACAACUAUGGGAUCGCCACCACCCCCACCCUCCCCAUGGGCAAAUACAAUGCACACAGACACAGACACACACACAAUAGAAAUGGGGAACUCCAAAUUAAGAGACAUGAUAAGGCUGGGGGUGCAGAUCACUGGUAGAAUGCUUGCUUCCCAUGUGUGAGGCCCUAGAUUAAGCCCAGGUACCACCAAAAACAAAACAAAGAUACCAAGAUGAAAGAGAUAGCAUCAUUAUGUGGAAUCCUGAUUUAAACAUGUUAAGAACUGGAUGUUUAAACACCUACUUGACAUAUAAUGAAGGGAUUGAACUCAGCUCCAAGCUAUGUCUGCAGCCCUUUUAUUUUUGAGGCAGGGUCUCACUUAGUUUCCCAGCAUGGCCUGUAAAUUGGAAUCUCCCCUUUUCAGCUGACUAGCUAGAUGGUCAUACACCACUGUGCAGAGCGCACAUACACUACUGUAAAUAUUAUGUAUUUCUAAAAAGUAAAAACAUGUUAUAAAACAUAACUAGAUGCUGGGCACAG